UCUCUCUCUCUCUUCUCUGUUGUCCUGUUAACACAUUUUUCUGUUUGAUUGUAAUAUAAUUAGAUAAACAGAAGCUGAUCGAUUGAGACUGGAUGAGCUAUGUGUGUUGAGUUUUGUUUCGUUUCGGGUUGAGCGACUCUAUCUGGAAAACACACACAUAUGGAUUCUUGCCAAAUAUGUGGUGGGCUGAGCAAGUUCCUGCCUUCGUCCCUGUGUGUUUUGUAGUGGAUUGCACCAUUGCAGGAGAAUCUCUGACGAAAUGCAAAAGAUCAUAUUUCAGUAAGGUUGAGGCAGUAAUGGCAGCUGUGAGAGACAUGUAUGAAGGAGUGGAUGUUAAAAACAUGACUCCAGCAGAACAAAAGAGACACAGAGAGACGCAGCUGAACCAACAUCCAGACGUUCUCUUCAGAAUAAAUCGUCAGGACCGUCUGCAUGUUCUCCUCUUCAGACCCACGGGUGACAGCUGGUGGAUCGAUAUAAUUAAGGAAAAUUAUGGAGGAAUCUUUGCUCAGUGGACUUUCCAACAUGCUGAUAACCAGCCCAUUCGGCACGCCAUGAAUCUCUCCGGGAAUCGGGAUGAGCUGCAAAGAUUCUGUGAUGAGUUUCCAGACAAUCUGGAGGCAUUUCGUGCCCAUGUUCAGGAAACUGAAGAUCUGAGAGCAACAAUAGAAGAUCUCAGAGAAAAAAUAGAAGAUGACAAUGCAGCAAUACAAGAUCUGGAAGAAAGAAUACGAGAACUCGAUUUAGAAAACAGAAGACUGAGACAACAACAUUUAAACCAUGAGGUACAAUCACAUUCUUUCAGAACAGCAGAAAUGAUUCAAGAAUGUCUAAAUGAAUCAUAUUACUAUCAGACCAAUAGACCAUGUUUUCCUCAGUAAAGAAGGACAUCAAGAUCUGCAUCUGUCUAGACCAGUGGAUAUUUCAGUAUAUCACCACGUAUUUUAUAUUUCUCCUAUGUUUGCAUGCACAACUUUUGUUUCAAUUUCAUUCCGAUAGUGUUUACAUGAACGCUAAAUACAGAGUGAUCAAGCUUUGAUAUGCGCACAUUUUAUUAUGACAGGACACACGUUCAUUCAACAGGAAGAACCGCUUUGUUCUGCGCGUCAUACGUCAUUACGCUACUUCUGCGUCAUUGCACAUGCGCUCUCCUUUCAGUUUCGGUUUUCAAUCCGAAUAUAUAUUAAUAAUAUAAUAUUCAGUCUAUGAAGUAACGUACAUUUAUUAAUUUUACAUAUUUAAACCAUUUACAGUAAUUGGGUAGAAAGUAUUUCUUGUUUAAAAAUAUAUAUAUUUUUAAAUCCUUGUUCAUUAGAAUACAAAGAAUCACCUCCUCAUUAGAAAUGUUUGUUGAUUAGAGGUUCUUAUACGGCUUUUUCUCAGUUUAUCUCAAAAUGUGCUUCACGGUUCAACAGGAAGUGCCGUCAGUUACGUUUUUGAUUUUCUGAUUAUACAUUAUUGCUUGUCACACUCAUAGCUUAGUUUUAUUUUUGCAUUAAAUGCUUUGUAUUGUAUUUGUAACUAAUAAAAUGAGAGAUUUUAUUGUUAA